GAAUAUUAUCUCCAUUUUAUGAUUCUGCGUUGCGUGAUGCGUUUACUCGCUUCUGAAAAUAUGCCCGAUUUUUUGUACGACUUUUGUCAAUCAUCUCUUGAAAGUUACGUUCGCUUGUGUAAAGGAUUGUACGGAGAAAAAUUUUAUUCAUACAACAUUCACGGAUUGUUGCAUGCUGUGGAAGAUGCAUCACGUUUUGGUCCUAUUGAUAGUUUUAGCGCAUUUUGCUAUGAAAACAAUAUGCCUUUUUUUAGAAAAUACGUACGAAAACCUCAUCUUCCACUUCAACAAAUUUGUAAACGAAUGUUUGAAUUAAAUGAUUUUUCAAGUGUGUCAAAUCAAGACGAAGUAGAAAUUGUACCGUCAAUGAAUCAUACAAAAGGACCUCUACUUGAUAAUAUUCCACGAAAUUGCAUACAGUUUGAGAAAUGUGUCAUUAAUAAACGUGUCUUUUCCACACAGACGCGUUAUAAUUGUUUCAUUUCAAGGAAUGAUAAAAUUGGAUUAAUAAAAAAUAUAAUACUUAUCAACGACAGUGUUUCAUUUAUUGUACAAUAUUUUGACGGUAUUCGACAAUUGUAUGAUGUUGGCAUACCUUCACAAGCUGUAGGAGAUUUUCAUUGCUUUAACUUGUCAAAUGAAUUACAUGAACUACCACUCAAUGGAGUAGUCUAAAUGCUACCGUAUACCUAAAUGGGACAGCAGGGAAAGUCUGGAGGAAAACGUAAUUCCGAAUGAAUGGAUAUGCUCAGUCCUGUUAACAUUCCAAGGGUGAAAAAGGAUGGCGCCCAAGAUUCAAAAGCAGUUUGAAGGCCACGGAGCCAAACCACAAAAAUCAUCCAAGCCCUCAAAACAUACAAGCUAUGCAUCAAACGGAAGACUAGUUACUGCUCCGAGAAGAUAUUGGACUUCAUCGGAUGAACCGUCUCGAAAAAGGCCAAGAAAAUCGCUCAACUCUGUACACAACGAGAUACAAGCUUUAAGUAGUGGUUAUAAAGAUAAUCCCAAAUUUGCAAUAUUGUUGAAGUCGAGUGAUAAAUUGCUUAUGGAUUCGCAUAAGCCAAAGUCUACACCAAAGAGUAAUCAAUCCUUAUCUCAGAUAAAGCAAAAUCAGCAAAAAACUCGACCAAGCCAAGUGUUAGAACAUCCAAAAAAAUUGCCUUUACCUAAAAAUACUUCUCCGAGCACAGUAUCACCAUUGCCAGUAGAUCCAAAAACUUCAAAUGCAAAGAUAACGGGAACUAUCUCUGAGUCAUCAAAAGAUAAUGGAAAUUCACCAUUACCUGAUUUGCACAAUGAAAACGGAGCUCCUAAUACAAGCACCAAGAAAAAUAAACCAAAGUCGUCUGACCAAAAUCAAAAUGUCCCGCCUGUUAUUGAAAUGAACAAAAAUCUUCAUGCUAUGGAACAAAACUCCAAUUUUCCUCAAGAUAAUGUGAACAUUAAUUCCGGACUUCAAAUUCCAGCUUGGGAAAGCAACAUUUUAGUUCCCGAAAACGUUCUUCUCGACAUUACAACCCGUUUACGAAAUGUUGAAGAGCAGAAUUUAGAAAUCCUUUCCAUCGUUCGUACUCUUAAAGAAGACUCCAAAGUAGUAAAGUCGAAUUCGCUUUUUGCACCUCCUCAAGGAUAUCCCUUAAAAACAAUCGAGGAAUUUAAUUCAUUCGAAGAUGAUGACAAUAAAGUGAAUGCGUUGUACUCAAAGUUACGGAAAUAUGGUGGUACGAAGCUAAGAGAAGCACUGAGCUUUGCUUUCAAAUCCAGUAUGACUGAUGAGGUUGCGACCAAAUUCACAUGGUAUGGUGAUUCAGGUGAUACAAAAAAUUUCGGGGAAACUAAAAUGGCUUCGCUUUUAUAUCAGGUGGUAAAUAAAUGUAAACAGUUUAAGGGUCCGGAAAACUUUACUGAAUUUAAGUCAGAAAUGACAGAAGUUUUAAGAGCGGCGAAACAGAGAUACCGAAACUCCGGCAAAAAGGAAAACCGUACUCCUAAAAAUAAAAGUAAAGAACGUGUUCGACCGAAAGAACAUAAUUUUGAAGAUUCGGAAGAAAACGAGGAUGGAGAAGAUCCUACAACUGAUCGAACACAGGACAGCGAGGAAGAUGAAACAGAUGGUUCUUACGAAGGAGAUGAUGAUGAAGGAGAUGAUGAAGGAGGUGAUUAUCUAACAGACGGAUCUUACGAAGGAGAUCAUGAUCGAUUGCAGAAUUUGGUCGAAAAAGGUGAAAUAGAUUAAGAGAGAUUUUUCAUUUUUUAUAUUAUUUGAAGGUGCAAUUUUUAAAAAGUUGAUAUAUCGAUUUAAAAAUUGAGAUAAGCAGAGAUUUUUCUCUAUUAAUGUUAAAUUUAAGAAACAAAUUUUUAAAGGAUUUUGAAUUUCAAAAAUAUUUUAAUCUAACUUCGAUGCUUUAUAAUUUUUAUUUUUUUAUUGGAAAAAACGACAUAAAGAUGUGUAAAUCCAUAAAUUAUAAUAGACUUUAAUUACAAUUAAAAUAUCUUAAAUACUAAAAGAUUUUAUUAGAAAGUUGUUAAAAAAAUAACUAUCAUAGUUUGCAGACUAAAUGCAUAUUUAAAUUUAUUUAUUUUUAUUGGUUAUUAAAAUAAGAGUCCAAAAGUUAAUCUAAAAAAUAUAUGUAGUUAUUAAAAAGUUAUUGAAAAAAGAUCUAUGAUAGUUUGCAUACUAAAUGCAUAUUUAAAUUUAUUUAUUCUUAUUGCAUAUUAAAAUGAGAGUCCAAAAAUUAGUCUAAAAGAUUAUUAUUAGGAAGUUAUUGAAAAAAGAACUAUCAUAGUUUGCAUAAUAUGAAAAAAGUUUAAAAGUCUAUUUUGUUUUAGUUGAUCUUUAGUUUUUUAUGUUUUAUAAUAACUUCCUUAUCAAUCAAAAGUGAAUGGCUACGAAGACUGAUGUAGACGUAACAGAUAUAAUUAUUUAUUUGUUGUAUUUAAAAUACUAAACUGCUUGUUUUGAAAAAUAUAUUUGUAUUCGUUUUUUGCUUAUUUAAUUAUUGUUACUGUAAGAAACGCAUUAUUACCUAGAUUUGUAAACAUUACUGUAAUAAAUUAUAUUGU